CUGUAUAGAUCAGCCGCACUCCCAGUUGGAGGCUUUCAUAUAUUCCUCCACUUUCAGCGCGCGCAUGACAGAUUAGUUUAUUAAGAGUGGCGUGGAAUGGGCGGAUAAAUCUUCAGCAGCAAUUUAAAUGAUGAUUAACAAGGAGGAACGCGGAGGCGCAGGUAUCCCCAGACUCUUGAAACUCGGCCAUGAGCGUACCUGGGUCACCAUGCCUCAUGUUCUGGCAAAGGCAUCGCCGCCGCCUGCGGCACCCGCUGAGCUCAUGGAGCCACCGACGGUGACCUAUGACAACAGGACCAUGGCCAUCAUCAUGGGUGUCGUGGUGGUGGUAUUCUUCGUAUCUGGCUUCGUUUCCCUGUACAGUCGUCAAUGCGGGCACCGACGCACCCGAUUCCGAGGGCACAUCGACCUCGCUUUUCCAACGGGGCCGCCGCAAUCCACUUCCCGGGCGCAGGGUCGAGGCGUAGGGCCGGAGAUCAUCGAGAGCUUCCCGACUUUCCUGUACUCGGCGGUGAAGGGAAGAGGGGCACUGGCAUGCGCGGUGUGCUUAAACGAGUACCAGGACGAUGAAACGCUGCGUUUAAUCCCGAAAUGCAGCCACGUCUUCCAUCCGGAGUGCAUCGACGGCUGGCUGGCGUCUCACCACACGUGCCCAGUGUGCCGGGCGAACCUGUUGGUUCCAGCACAGGGCCAGAGCGAGGCCACGCCUUUGGUAGGCGUAGGGAUUCCAGAAUCGGAAGAAGAAGAAGAGAACUGUGAAAGUGAUCAAUGGAGGAGGGAGAAUAUAAGAGUGAAUCGGAGCGGAACGAUGAGGGAGAGGGGGGGACCAAGUCGGUCGAGGUCGACGGGAGUGGUAAUGGGGAUAUUGUUCGGGAGGUCACGUUCGACGGGGAGGGAGAGAGUGAUGGGGGAGAACUGGGAGAGAUACACGCUGAGGCUGGAGGAAGUGAAGACGGCGACAAGGUUGAAACGGACAAAGAGUUGCGUAACGUUCACGAGAAUGAGCAGCGGCAGGAAGGGGUAUCGAACCAGAAGCGUUGGCAGCACCAGCAACUACUGCGACCGCUCCAUCACAUCCCGUGCAUUAUUCCCCGUCAACCCAUCCACUGCUUCAUCGUCCCUAUCAUGAUGUGCUUUGUACAAGGUAUCAACCAGCACUUGGCUGCUUUACCUCAAUUCUUUCUUGUUUCCGUCAACGCCCAAAGUCCCCCAUCCCUUGAUUCCUCAUCUAUGCUCUCUCUAUUUUCUUCUUUCCUCGACUGUUUUCUUCGUUAAAAUAAUAACAAAGCACGUGAUAUAUUGAGUGUCCAA